CAACGUGGACAGAGGCUCGUUUUCAUCCCCAGGAUACCCGAUUAGCUAUCCAUCAAACCUUGACUGCAAGUGGCAAAUCAAAGCAGAAUCAGCAACAAACAGCACACUAAUAACGGAAAUUCUGCACUUCAAAUCGGAAAAACGCUACGAUGUCGUAGAGUUCGAGGGGCGCACCUUUUAUGGAGAUGCUCCUCAAACGUUCAGUUUGUCUGGCACAACGAAAGUUCGCGGCAUCAUCUUCAGAUCAUCGGAGGUGAAUGUAUCAAUGACGUCUGAUUCAUCUGCCGAAUUCAGCGGGUUUUUACUGGCGCUUAAAGGCAGUAUCAGCAUAGUUGGUCGACCCUCAUGUGAAGUUUUCAACAGUAGUCUUUUCGACUGUGAAGACGGAUCCUGUGUAUCUCCAGAAGCCAGAUGUGAUAGGCACAAGGACUGCCUCAGUGGACGAGACGAGCAAGAUUGUGGUUUUUGCGGUGAGAGGAUCUUCAACGUGGACAGAGGCUCGUUUUCAUCCCCAGGAUACCCGAAUAGCUACCCAUCAAACCUUGACUGCAAGUGGCAAAUCAAAGCAGAGCCAGCAACAAACAGCACACUAAUAACGGAAAUUCUGCACUUCAAAACGGAAAAACGCUACGAUGUCGUAGAGUUAGAGGGGCGCACCUUUUAUGGAAACGCUCCUCAAACGUUCAGUUUGUCUGGCACAACGAAAGUUCGCGGCAUCAUCUUCAGAUCAUCGGAGGUGAAUGUAUCAAUGACGUCUGAUUCAUCUGCCGAAUUCAGCGGGUUUUUGCUGGCGCUUAAAGGCAGUAUCGGCAUAGUUGGUCCACCCUCAUGUGAAGUUUUCAACAGUAGUCUUUUCGACUGUGAAGACGGCUCCUGCGUGUCUCCAGAAGCCAGAUGCGAUGGGCGCGAAGACUGCCUCAACGGACGAGAUGAGCAAGACUGUGGUCAACCCUCAUGUGAAGUUUUCAACAGUAGUCUUUUCGACUGUGAAGACGGCUCCUGCGUGUCUCCAGAAGCCAGAUGCAAUGGGCGCGAAGACUGCCUCAACGGACGAGAUGAGCAAGUUUGUGGAUCAAGGCAGAUCUUCUUGUAUCGGUGCAUGCAGAACUUGCAUCAAACUUCCUGUUGGCUAGGCUGGAAUACUCACACCAUCCGCAGACUUCCCAAGCUAACGGUGAAGAUGACAUUAGCGAAAGGCAAUUUAUCUACUCUGCAUUCCGGCACUUUCAGGGGCUUUUUCCUGCUGCGUUAUCUCCACAUCAGAAACUCCUACAUCCAUUCCAUUAUGUCUGCAGCCUUCGAAGGACUCGUCAAGCUCCAGAAGCUGUAAGUUUACCGUGAUUACCGAUGUUGUCGUCAUAAAAAGCAGUACAUACUUUCUUUGUAUUUCAAAGUUCUCUUUCAUUAACUUAGAGUAUUCAAACCGCCAACUGAAAGAUAGUGUAUUCCAUUUGUUGUCGCAAUUUCACAAAUUGGCUGAUUACAGUGUAUAAUAUUCACUGCAACUUACAUUCCACUCACCUGUUUCAUGUUUGAGUCAACUGCUUCGUGAUAAAAAAAAGCAGCGUGGUAUUUUCCAAGAUUAAAUCGAUGAUCUUGUAAUUUAUCUUCCGUAAUAUGAACUACAGGGCGUUUGUAGUAUGCAAACAACAUCCGCGGGGUGAGGGUGGGAAACAGGCGCGACAGUUUUCAACUGCCAGGAGUGAUCAGUGAAUUUGCAUUGGAGUAAUGCUCCUAGACAAUGUGGUGUUGCGGAUUCAUGAAAAAGGGAGGUUUAACGUGUGGGAAUCGUACUUUUUGUUGACGAUUAUCCUUUCACCAGGUGGCUUGGAAACAGCCACCAUAUUUGGACCAUACCAUUAUGCUCUGGGUUCGAUUUCGAAUUCGCAAUGUUUUCGCUGUAAGAAAUUGUUUAAAUAAAAUUUAACUUCUCACUGAUCGAAUUAUUUACUACUCUACAUCUUUCAAUUAUUUACUACUUUACAUCUUACAAUGCGUUUGGUGAAUUUUUGUUCUGUACAUUUUUUUAAGGUUUAACCGUUCAUUAAUGGAGACUCCCACAACACAACCUUUGCAAACACUACACACAAGAAAUCAGCGGCUGUUAACGAAAUGUAUAGACGAAGUGAAAUGAACUCUUAUACUACGGUCGGCGGACCAUCGUGAAAAAAAGAACAAAAUAUUUGUUCUUUCGAAAACAACAGCAUUUAGGGCGGAAAUAUUUUUACAGACUAAGUAAGAUAUUUUAGGAUUCCCCCCAACAAGUAAAUAAUAUCGUAGUAAUGUAGUAAUAAUAUGGAAAUGUGAAAAAAGUCUGUUAAAACGGGACUAAUGAAUGAAUAAGAUAACAUUACUGGUAUAUCAGUAUUCAAAAAGACCCCAAAAAACCUAACUUAGAACAAACACUAAAGAUUGACA